AUGUUCGCCAUUCGUGCUGUUCGCCCCGCCUCCGUGGCCCGUAUCGUCCGUUCGUCUUCUUCUAUCCAAGUGUCCCAGUUCUCAGUCUGUGCUACUCGCUUUGGAGGUAACCAUGAGGUCAAGGUGAAGCAAGGUCCUGGCGCAGCCCCAGGAGCAACCCCUACAGACUUGAACCAGUCCACCGGACUGGAACGCGCCGAGGUGCUCGGAAAGAUGGAAGGAAAAGAUAUCUUUGACCUUGCACCCCUCGAGGUCCUUGUCCGUGGUACCAAAACCGAGCCUACCAUCAUCCGCUCUCGCGAUCCCGUCCGCUACGUCGGUUGCUCCGGUGUUCCGGGAGAGCACCAUGAGGUACAAUGGUUGUUGAUUGACCAGAGCCACGAAUUUGAUCGCUGUGACCAGUGUGGAAACGUUUACAAGUGGUCAGCCUACGAGCCUGACGAGAACUUUCCCAGUUCCGGUCUCCACCACCACUAA